UGAGUCUCUGCGCAGGCGCAGUGUACUUAUCGCCGGUAGUGUCAAGAUGGUGGCAAUCAGAAUGCAGUUUACACUUUAUUUGGUGUUAUUGUUAAACAUUUACAACAGUUUUGUGUCUGCUUUGUACUUUCAUAUCGGCGAGACUGAAAAGAAAUGCUUCAUAGAAGAAAUACCAGACGAAACCAUGAUAAUAGGUAACUACCGAACACAGCUGUAUGACAAGCAGAAAGAAGAGUAUUUGCCUGCAACUCAAGGUCUUGGGAUGUUUGUGGAAGUGAAAGAUCCUGAUGAGAAGGUGAUCCUGUCCCGCCAGUAUGGAUCCGAGGGCAGGUUUAUUUUCACCUCCCACACCCCUGGAGAGCAUCAAAUCUGCUUGCACUCAAAUUCCUCCAAGUUUGCUCUGUUUGCUGGUGGGAUGCUUCGUGUUCACUUGGACAUCCAAGUUGGUGAGCAUACAAACAACUAUGCAGAAAUUGCUGCCAAAGACAAGCUGACGGAGCUGCAGCUGAGAGUUCGACAGCUGAUGGAGCAGGUGGAUCAGAUCCAGAAAGAGCAGAACUAUCAGAGGUAUCGUGAGGAACGCUUCAGACAAACCAGUGAGAGCACCAAUCAGAGGGUUCUGUGGUGGUCUAUCGUCCAGACGCUGAUCCUGGUGGCCAUUGGUUUUUGGCAAAUGAGACAUCUCAAGAGCUUCUUUGAGGCCAAGAAAUUAGUAUAGAACUGUAUUUGGAUUUUUUAAAAAUUGUGAUUGUCAGUUGAUACAGUACACACAAAAUUUUGAAGAUCGCCUGCUUCAUGUGUGGUCAAGACUGCUGAAAACUCAACAUGCUCUCAGUUCAGUUCCCACCCUAAAUUCCCCUGGUUUAUCUUGCAUUUGUUUUACACUGCUCGUUUCAGUGCCUCCUCCUCACCCCAUGUAAUGUGAAUCUAGUUUCUGUUCAGAAAAGCAUUACAGUUUGAGGUGAUAGGCACUCAAAGUAGUUUACUGGAUUCAAAACACAAAUUGCGUAGUGGUUGCCUUACAAUUUCUUUUUUAUAGCCCGCUAAAUUGUUAACAGUAAUAUGUUUCAGAAAGCUGAUGAAGAUAUUAACUGGGCUGCGAGUGUGAUGUUUUCCUAAAUAACCUUGGGUUAUUUGCAUAAACAUUUACAAGACAAAAAUAACUGCGUUUAUCCUGGUGGCAGGUGUAAAUCGUUCUUCUGUUGUUUUGGUUAUGCAGUAAUUAGUAUGAUAUUUAAAGUUUUGCUCAGAGUGAAUGUUUCUUGGUGUUUUUUUUUUAUUCUUUAUACAAUUGGUAAAUGUUUUCUUUACCCCACCAUUUUAUUUUCAAUAAGCAUCAUUGUCAUCAGUAACACUCAGAUCAUGUUAGUAUUAGGCGUUCUUUGCUUUUGAUAGCUACACUUUGACAGUGACCUCAAUGAUUUUGAUUAAAAGUGUACAUGUUUGAAGUGUAUAUACCUAAAUAAAUGGCGAAAUGUAGUUAUCAAAAAGUAAAAUGUUUAAUUGUGACUGUGAGUACUUGGCACAUUGAAAGAAAUUAUAUCAAAAGUUAUUGUUUUAAUUUCUCACGAAUACUUAUAUCCCCAUUAUCCAUCGUCUAUUAUUCUGAUUUGAGUUUUGACAGAUUUUAAUCGAAUGAGAUUUUCCUCAGUUCCCUGUGAAAUCCGUAUUGCCAUCUUGCACAUACAUUGUUGUCAUUUUUCUAUUUCUUCUUGUCAAUUCCUCAGGUUGAUGUAGAGAUUUCACAGAUUAUUUGCCCCUUUAAAGUGAUCUGCCCAGAAUACACUGUAAAAAUCUAAAGAUAUUUGUGAUUUGUUUGCUUUUUCAGUUGCCAUAGCUGUUGUCAUUGUUGUAUUUUCUUUUUAAACAUUUAGCAUGUUUUUUUUGAGUGUUUUGUUACACAUAGAUUAUUGCUCACUGAAUCGCUUUGCCCUCACAUUGUAUGGUUUAAGUUUUUUUUUUUUUUUGGUCAUUUUAGUUUAUAAGCCGCCACAGGGAAAUGGGAUUACUUUUUUAAGUGGGGAUAGGGGAGAGAAAAGAUUGUUGGUGAGAAAUCAACCCAGAAUUGCACUCAGAAAUAAAGUUUCCUGCUCCCCAAA